CGACUUUUGUUUUGGUGUGGCGGCGUGACGUCACAGGUCUGCGCGCGCGCGCCCGCGUCUCUGUUGUGAUUCGGCGGAGGAAAGACAGGACCGACUCGCACUGCUGCACAGAUGGCGUUUAUUAAAGAGGAGACCGAAGACAUCAGGAUCGUAGAAGUGUUCAGUCUGAAGCAAGAAGAGACGGAGGAACAGACGGAUCUGAAGCCGCUGAAAGAGGAGCGUGAAGUACUGAAUGAAAGGGAAGAGAACGAUCAGUUUAAGAGCCAUGGUUUCAUAACUGGAGAAAAAUCUUUGAGGAGCUCACAGACUGAAAAGAUACGAAAAAAAGCUCAGAAGACUAGCGGCCAUUUCACCUGCUCUCAGUGUGGAAAGAGUUUUGCUCAAAAUAGAAACCUUAAACGGCACAUGACAGUUCACAGUGUGGAGAAGCCUUUUGCAUGCCAGCAGUGUGAGAAGAGCUUUAAAACAGAACGGAACCUCAUGAAUCACACUCGCACUCACACUGGAGAGAAGCCGUACAAAUGUGAUCAGUGUGGAAAGAGUUUCAGAUAUAAAAGAGAUCUGGACUCUCACAUGAUCAGUCACACUGGCAAGAGCCCUUUCACCUGCAAAGAGUGCGGGAAGGUCUUAAAAUGCAAAGUUAACCUUGGGUACCACAUGCUCAUUCACACCGGAGAGAAGUCCUUCACAUGCGUUCAGUGUGGGAAGAGUUUCAGACAUAAAGUAAGUCUUGAUAACCACUUGAAGGUUCACUCGGGAGAAAACCAUUUUGCAUGUCAACAGUGCGGGAAAAGUUUCAUUGAGAAAGGAAACCUCAAAAUCCACAUGAGACUUCACACCGGAGAGAAGCCUUACACUUGCACUCAGUGCGGAGAGAGCUUCACAUAUAAAAGAGCUCUCGACUCCCACAUGAUCAGUCACACUGGCAAGAGCCCUUUCACCUGCAAAGAGUGCGGGAAGGUCUUCACUAACAAAGUCAGCCUUAAGUAUCACAUGCACAAGCACACCGGAGAGAAGCCAUUCACCUGCGAUCAGUGUGGGAAGAGUUUCAGACGUAAACAAACCCUUAACAGACACACAAGGAUUCACUCCAAAGAGAACCGCUUUAUAUGUCAAGAGUGCGGAAAGACUUUCCAUAAAAUGAAUCGCUUUGAGAUGCACAGGAAAAAUCACUCUCGAGUGGAACCUCUCAAAUGCCACCUGUGCGGAGGGAUUUUCCCAUUCAUUGAAACCUUUAAGAAUCACAUGAAGCUUCACACCAGAGAGAAGGCUUUCCAGUGCCAUCAGUGUGAGAGGAGCUUCGCGUAUCGGCAAUGCCUGAAACGCCAUGUGCAAACGCAUUCUGGAAAGAAACUGCAGUGCUCUGAGUGUGACAAGAGCUUCAGAAAAAGGAGCAAUUUCAACAAUCAUCUGCGCUUUCACUCUGGACAAAGGCCAUACCCAUGUGAUCAGUGUAAUAAAGGCUUUAUUUUGCCAUCACACGUACAGAUACAUAUGAAAACUCAUGCUUAUGUGAAACCGUAUUUGUGCUCAGCGUGUGGAAAGCGUUUCAAGUGGCCUAGCAAUCUGAAAUGGCACAAGAAAAUACGGAUUUGUUUGAAAUUAAGGCUUCGUUCACUCCGUAGCUGAAUGUGGCCCAGGUUUGAUUUUCUGCUCAAAUGUAGGAUGUUUUUUUGAUGAGGCUGUUUAAAUGUGGCCAGAUGAGCAGUGAUUCAGCCAUGUUCAUUUGUUCUGUUUGCAUCCUUCAUGCAUUCAUUAUAUUUAUUCUUUUGUCAUGUACAUAAUGAACACUUGUAGCCGUGCUUGACCAUCUCCUUUUUGCUAUAGUUUUAAUCAUCAAGUAUCUCUUAAUUUGUAUUGAGGCAUCACUCCAUUCCAUAUAUUGAUAUAUCCGAAUCAAAAUUUCUGUCUUGAUGUGAAAUGGCACGAUGUAAAUGAACAAUUCUAAAUAAAAGGACAUAAAUUGAAUGCAAUUAUGAACACUGCACUGCAUUAUUUAAUUCAUCUUUAUUGAGAGAACGACCUGUUAGAGUUUGGGACGUUUGGAUAAUGUGAACGCUGUCUUCCGAACUUGCAAACCAUACUGAGAAGUGCAAAACAAAUCACAAAUUGCACAUCUAAAAACAAGAUAAUAAUUCAGAUAACACAACAACAAAUCCGAAAACAAAAUAACUCUCUGAAAACACAACGACAAAUCAGACAAAGCUGAAGAGGUAGGUAUAGUUUGAGAAUGGAUUACUCACCGCUGAU